GAGGCCCAUUCAAUAGGUCUGUCAAAGUGUGUGUUGUUUCGAUUUGAUCUCAUCCUGCCUGGAUUUGUUUAUAAAUGCAAAUUGGUCCUAUGCAACUAUGCAUAUUGGAUGAAUUUUACACAAGAAAAUGAUUGCACAGUAGUGAGCAGAAAAAUAGAAUGAUAUGGAUUUUCUGCAAAAUUAUUUCUCAAGCAAAGAUGACAAGCAAAGGAAAAGUGAUGUUGAAGUUGGUGCUGAAGCUACAGAAGGCUCAGUUUUUGUCAGUGAGUCUACGCCAAUGGAGGCAUCUUCAUCAAGCAAUGACAAUAAAGAUAUGCAAGAAGAGGUCAUCAAGCUUCUAAAAGCAAAAAAUCUGGACAUCUUGGCAAUUAAAAAUCUUCUUGAGAAGGACAGCCGGCUUGUUAACUGCAAAGACAAUUAUGGUAACUCAGUGCUGCACUUAGCUAUAGCCAAGGUGGAUAAUACUAAAGAUGAAGACAUUUUGUUUAUUAUGUACCUUUUGGAGAAAGGAGCUGAUUUGAAAGCCAAGUUUGAGGGUGGAUACACACCGUUUCUAUAUGCUGCAUUCAAGAACAAAUUUGGCGUUAUCAAACUUUUGGCGCAAUUCAGUGACAACGAUCUUAAUGCACAAAACAGGGAUGGGAACACAGCACUUCACUUGGCUGUUUUGUAUGACUAUUUAGAAACAACAAUUGUGCUGCACAAACUUGCAAAAACUCAUGGUCUGAGAGAAGAUUUAAAGAAUGAGAAUGGCCAAUUGACAGCUAUAGACCUGGCUAGAUCAAGGAACCCCACCAACACAACAAUAGUCAGCAUUUUAGAAGACAAAUGCGACCCCAAGAAACUGAGAGCUGCUUUCCAGCAUGGGCCUUCAUAUGUGAUGACAUCCAAGCCCAGAGGUAUCUGCUUGGUAUUGCAGAAUGAAGAGUUUGAUGGAGACAAUCCAAAGAAGCAGAGAACUGGUUGCUUGGAUGCGGCACUGAUUAAAGAAACGUUUGAGGGUCUCCAUUUUAAAGUGGAUCAGUUUUUUAACUUAACAGCUUAUGAAAUGUUUAAAAAGAUCAAGGAAUACUCAAAGCUUAGUCAUAAAAACUUCGACUGUUUUGUUUUAUGCAUUUCAAGUCAUGGCACUGGUAGAAGCAUCUAUGGAAAAGAUUGGAAUACAUUUACAGUGAAGGACAUUAUAAAGCUUUUCACGGGCCCGGCGUGCAGUAGUCUGUCUGGCAAGCCAAAGCUGUUUUUCAUAAAUGCAUGUAGAAACGAAAGAAAUACAGCUGGAACAGGAGAUAAACUCUAUCAAGACGAAGGGUUAAAGGAAAUAGAGUCUCUGUUGAGUGAAGAUUAUUUUACAGCCAAAGACAAUAUCCAUCAAAAUUCACCAAUGGAUGACAUUUUUGAAGGGCACGCAACAUCAGAAGGCUUCCAAGCAUACAGGGAAAAGAUCGACGAUGACACGUGUGUGUCGAUAUACUUCGAUGAGCUUUGCAAGGCUCUAAAUGAGUUUGCAGAGGAAAUGGAGUUUCAGCAAAUCAUGACUCUCGUUAACAGUGGAGUGAGGAACAGAGAUGUUCACGUUCCAAGCCCAAUUAACAGACUACUGAAAUCACUUUGGUUUUCAAAAAACCAGUAAACCUCCCUCAUUUUAGGCAUACUCUUAAGAUUUUUAACUGUUGAUAAAAUUUACAUUUAGUAUUGUAUAUUAUUUUUUACUAGUUUGAAUUAUGUUACUAAUGUGAAUAAUGUAGUUAUACAAAAUAUAGACUUGACAUGCCAAGCACUGGUGCUCAACGAUCUUAGCCGUAAGCAUAAAUAUAUCAUUGACAAAUUGAUUAAGUGGUCCUUAGCAACUUUUUUCUCGUUUCUUGUGCUUGAAAGCGUUUAUAAGAAUUUAUGUCACUAUAAAAUUUGCUAUUCUUAAAAGAAAAAGAGAAACAAUAUAGCUUUCUGCUUUAGAUUUUACAUUUUCUUCUCUAUCUUAGUCACUCAGGCAGUCCCUUGUUAGGUUAGCUUGAGAACAGGUCUGAGAAAGUGGUGGAUUCAUGUUUAGCCAUCGAUGAAUGCAUAAUUAUACAUAAUGAAGCCACACAAUGAGUUAAGCAAUUGAUUCUUCUCUUUCUUCAAUAUUUCUAUUCAACAUUUUGUUAGAAAAAUAAAUCAGUCUGAAUUUCGGUCUGGUGCCUUGACCAUGACUCCCCGCAUAUUACAGCUCUUUUGCAUUGCCAAAUUUUGAACGAUAUAAGACAUUGCGAGACUCUUAGGGAAACCUUUCAACUUCUAUCCAUAUUUUGCUGAAUUGACCAGCAAAAUCUUCAAAGGAAAGUGAAAAAUUAGGAAAUAUAGCUAAACUUCGAAAUUCAUUCUUGCAUGUUGCCUUGCUGUAUUUUCUAAUACUUCACUUUUUCAAGAUAACCCCGUUGAUGUAAUGCUUACAUGGUUUUGGCUUUUAUCACUGCUCUGUCCCUGGAUAGAUGUGGACCAAAAGUAUCCUUUAUUUAUUGGAAUAAGACCUUGAUCUUUAUGUAAAUUUAACAAUCUUGUAGAUAUUUAAGAUUCACUGCAUAGGAUAUUUGAUAGCUUUUUAGAA